AAAAUCCUUGACUUCUAUUCUUAACUUUCCACUCUUCACUUCCAUCCAAUGUACCACCAGAUCAACAACAAGCUCAGGCUUUCGGCGGAAACUCCUGAAUAUCCUUCAGGGCGCCCUCUUUUCUUAAACUCUACAUCGUGAUUCUAUUGUGCCAUUUCAAUUUUCAGUAUAAGCUGUGACUAGGCGGGCGCAACAGGGCAUGUCAUUGCCACCAAGCGACCUGCUACUUCAGAACCAUCUUCGUCACGCAAGGUAUAUCUCAGAGAUCUUAGAUCGCAAAAUGACUUCGUCGGCGUCGACGACAAAAUCAAUGAAGCAUCCUUUCAUACGGCAGGUUGAGGAGUUUAAAACGCCUAAGAGUGAUAUCAAUGCCUUGAUACUCGAUUACCUGACCGUUGCCGGCUAUCCUAAUGCUGCAGCAAAAUUUUCAACUGAAGCGAAUUUGUCACCUCAACAGCCCUCGUCCAGUAUCUAUGCAAGGCAACAAAUCCAGACAUUUAUACAUAGAGGAGAGAUCGAAAAUGCCUUACAUGCUUUGAAUGAUCUUGAUCCCUCGAUACUUGACGAAGAUGAACCACUCCACUUCGCGCUUCUUCGGCUCCAACUGGUGGAGUUAAUCCGAAAAUCCCGACCAGGCGGGGACAUCGGCCCGGCCUUGGAAUUUGCGCAAACUCAACUAGGACCCAAGGCUCCGCGCACGCCACAGUUUUUAGAGGAUCUAGAAAAGACGAUGUCCCUUCUAGUGUUUGAUCACGACAAUCUGGAUCCUACUUUGUCGGCGCUUCUGCGGCCAGGUCUUCGACGGGAUGUUGCGGAUAAAGUUAAUAAAGCAAUCCUAGAACGUCAGAAGCAACGGAGAGAAGCUGCCAUUCGUCAUUUAGUUCAGAUGAGAGCCUGGAGUGAGGAAAUUGUCCGCAAAGAGGGCAAGAAAGAUCUUCCUUCACGGAUCGACUUAGGCUUAGAUGGUGAUGACUCUGAGAGGUUCAGGGUAGAGAAUGGCCACGAGUCGAUGAUUAUGACGCAGUAAAUCACUGCCGUUAUGUCUUUGUGCUGUCGAUUUUUUUUUU